CGACGAGGCCAUGGGCGAGACCUUCCUGCGCUGCCCGCUGCGCACGCCGCGCGGCCGCUGCCUGGUGUCGCUGCCCCCGGGGGGCGAGUUCCUGGUGGGCACGCCCGAGCUGGUGGGCCGGCCCGGCGAUCAAGGCUUCUGCAUUCUGGUCCAGGAGAUGGUUGCUGUGAGGCUUGGAGUAGCCAGUGGUACAGAGGGGGACUCGAGUCCUGCUGGGGAUGAAAACCAUUUCACAGUGUUUUUCAUCCAGCGAGAGAAGGAAGAGCGCUGGAGCCUGGGAAGCCUGGAGUUCACUGCCCCAGCCUCGUCUGACUUGGCCAUUCGCUGGGUCACAGCCUUAGAGAUCUGGAUCUACCACCAUGGUGUCACAAGGCCCAAGAGCCUUCUUGUCUUCAUCAAUCCAGCUGGGGGACGCAAGAAGGCCGUGGAAACCUACCAAGGCCAGGUGGCCUCCCUUUUUGCCUUGGCCGGGAUCCAUGCCCACGUCAUAGAGACCAGCCGAGCAAAUGAGGCCCGCGACUACAUUCUGCAUCAAGACCUCUGCGGCUUUGAUGGGCUGGUGAGUGUCGGAGGGGAUGGCACCUUCAACGAGGUGAUGCACGCCUUGAUCGAGCGGACGCAGCGCAAGGCAGGGAUCUCGGAAGAGGAUACAGACACAGAGCUCUUGCCACCACACCUUCGUAUUGGCAUCAUACCUGCAGGCUCUACGGACUGUGUCUGCUUUGCAACAGUGGGAACAAAUGACCCCGUCACCUCCGCUCUGCACAUCAUUAUAGGGGACAGCCAGCCCCUGGACGUCUGCAGCAUCCGGCAUCAUGGGAAGCUGCUCCGCUACUCCGUUUCCCUGGUGGGUUAUGGAUUUUACGGUGAUGUUGUGAGCGCCAGUGAAAAGCACCGCUGGAUGGGGCCAGUGCGCUACACCUAUGCAGGAGUCAAGGCCGUGCUGAGCAAUCGUAGCUAUGAAGGCACAGUGGAAUUCCAAGUGGCAAGGCUGGAGGAGACCAGUCCACGGGACCAGACACGCUGCCGGUCAGGGUGCCUGGUCUGUUCAGAGUCGAGCAAAUACCUCCUGGCUGGAAACGAAGAAAAGCAGCUCUCGGAGUCAGAGGGAUGCACAGAUGGUGAAUGGCAGCGAGUUCAAGGCCGUUUCCUAGCCAUCAAUGUGACUUCCAUGAGCAGCGCCUGCCCCAAGAGCCCAGAGGGUUUAUCCCCCUGCGCCCAUCUGGCCGAUGGAACUGCCGACCUCAUCCUGGUGCAUGAAUGUUCCAUGCUGUCUUUCCUGCGACACUUGACAAGGCACACCAACCGCUCAGACCAGUUCGACUUGCCCUUUGUGAGCGUGUACCGGGUCAAAGCCGUUCGUUUCACCACCUCAAAAGUGGAAGAUUGCGAGGAUGGAGAGCUGCCUGCACAGGCCCGGAAGGGGCUGUGCUGGGGGACCUGUCAAGGGGAAUCCCCGCUCAGCUGCUGGACCUGCGACGGAGAGACCUUGAGCCACGCCGACGUCAGUAUUCGAGUCCAUGGGCAGCUCAUCCAUCUCUUUGCCCGGGGCAUUGAGCAGGCACCUCGCAUGCUCUAGGAACCUCUACAAGGAGACGACAGCUAAAGUGUGAGCUCUGCCCCAGGAUCUGUGAGGCUACAGACGCUGGAGAGCUACUGCCAGGCUAGCAUGGCCUUUCCUGGGGGUAUGUGUAACAUCCCAGCUCCAGAAGGGACUCUAGGAGAGGCCCAGCCCCCUACUUGGAUUUCCAAAGGCAUCACUCCCAGGACUCCAGUGGGAUGACGCACACUAUACCCGUUGUGCAGGCCACAAACUCCAGUGUCUCCUACAUGGCCGUUACAACCACACCACCUUGUGCACCUAUCACCAUGCUAAAGGGAAACCUACCCCUACUACCUGUUUCAAGGUAGAUUUUAAGAUUCUUGGGGUUUAUAAUAUGCCGCAGAAGAAAAGACAAGUACCACAGACUCUUUCUAAUAAUUUACAUUUACAG